AUGCUCGUUCAUCAAGAAAACGCGAUCCGGAAAGAGCUUUCAACCUUGGCCAGAUUGUGCGCAGAAGCCACCCAGGCGGUAGCUACAGAGGCAACGGAAACCACAACUGAAUCACAGAAAGGCAACGCACGGGGUCUGGAUUCGAACGAGGAAGAGGCCGUCGACAGUUACGAUGAUCACAACGAAGAUGCCGCCGAAAGCGACGAAUCCAGUGUGGCAUCAGGAGUCUCAGUAUCAACCACUUCGCCCCAGCAUGCGAUCUUCACAGAUCCGGAUUGGAGAAAUCAUAGCCGUGAAGAGCUCCAAGAGGCUCACGACGAUCUGAGGACCGUCGUUGAUUUCAUGGACAGCUACCUCGUUCCCCUUCGCACAGCGUUGAACGACACAGACGACACUCGCGUCCUAUACAAUGAGCUUUGGCAUGUGUUCAACCCGGGAAGCAUAGUUUAUGUCAAGGAUCCGAGUGUUCCCCAGAAGCUUUGGCGAGUCAUUCAAGGCCAAGGAGGUGACUGGUCCCCGGCAAUAGUACCUCCCCAAAUCGACGAUCAUUUCAAGCUCGGGGGCAGUUCCUACCGUACCAGCAUACCUCCUUUUACACUAGACUGCUUUUAUAUCGACUUCAACGGCACUCAUUUUGUGAGGGUCAUUCGAAAGUUUGAGAUCGAAGAAUUCAAAGAACUCACGAGUGUCAAGAGUCUUUCAGUUCUGCCUCUAAAAGUGGCUGAGCGCGAAGGCCUGGUCGAUGUGAACAGCAUAGAACGAAGGGGCUUGGAAUUCCUCUCCUUUCUUCAGCCAGGCUACUGCCAUUUCAGAGGACGAAGCCUGAGUCAUGAACCCAGGGGCGACAUUCUCAAGCGGCCGAAUCCGGGGUCCAUAACAUCUGUCGCUGUUCUCUCGGAGAGUAUCGAAAGCUCUGUGGUCGUGGACUUCGAACGCUGCUUGCAGACAAUUACGGACUGGAAUCCGUGCAGAGAGCCCAGACAGUUGACUACGCUCUACGAAGGCGCACCUCGUCCUCCACCAAAUGUGGAUGAUGACAGGAUAUGGGACUUGCGUAUGGCCGAGAAGGUUCUGAACUACACAGAUCAAAACCAGAACCUUGAACUGUACAGCCGAUCACCACCAGCAGGAGACGACGUGUUACUUCUGCCAGACCGAGUCUUUGCGUACGUGUUGAGGACUCGUAAAUGGGCUUGUAUUCCCAUCGGAGCUGGUAAAGACGACAACACUUUGAUGAGAAUGGAGCCUAAGAAUUCGGCAUGGAACGACCUUCAAAUUGACCCAAGGCAUCGGUCAAUCAUUGAGUCCAUGAUGGCCACUCACUUCCGCAAGAAGAAGUCGAAGAGGCGACAGUUCGAUCUCAUUCAAGACAAGGGCAAAGGGCUCAUUGUCCUAUUGCACGGGGUUCCCGGAGUUGGGAAGACAUCAACAGCAGAAACCGUCGCACAAUACUACAACAAGCCACUUCUCCCUAUCACUUGCGGUGACUUGGGAAUGACCCCAGCGGAAGUUGAGACCAACCUGCAAGACUCUUUCCAGUUAGCCCAAGCUUGGGACUGUGUUCUGCUUCUUGACGAAGCUGACGUGUUCCUGGCUGAGAGAAGUCAAGAUAAUAUUGAGAGAAACGCUCUCGUGUCUGUUUUCCUUCACGUCAUGGAAUACUACGAAGGCAUCCUCUUCCUCACGACAAACAAAGUAGGUUCCUUCGACGAAGCUUUCAAAUCCCGCAUGUCAUUGGCCCUCUAUUACCCGCCCUUGACCCAAGACCAGACCGAAAAGAUAUGGAGAGUCCAAAUGGAGCGGACCGAGCAGCUCUCCAAGGAGGCCGCUCCGGACGACAAUACCCAGCACGUCAGCUUCAAUCGCCUAGAGAUCGAGAUCCUCGCCAAGGAGCUCUGGAAUCUGCAACAAUCUCGGCCGGAUUUCAAACCCGUCUGGAACGGCCGACAGAUUCGUAACGCGUUCCAGACGGCUGUUGCUCUUGCGGAGUGGCAUCAACAGGAGAACAAUAUCCCCGGCCCGAUUCAUGUCAAAAGGGAGCAUUUCGAGAAGGUUGCGCUCGUCUCGAAUGAGUUCAACGCCUACCUGUGGACUGUGAAGCACCGCCGAGGCGAUGAUAUCUUGAACUUAAGGAAGGAGCACCGGUUCGAUCAGUUCGAUCGGCAUCAGUUCGGCUGGGGAGGUCCGGGAUUCGGCCAGCACAACCAACAACAGUCGGGCUUCGGGGGUUGGGAUAACUCUCAGUACUCCAACACGAUGGGUUCUAGGGGGCCGUCAGGGAUGGGGAUGGGAGGCCCUGGGUUCGGGAACAACAUGCAAAACCAGAGCGGCUUUGGGAACAGUUGGCAGUCGGGCUUCGGCGGGAUGAGUGGGGCCGGCGUCGGUGGUCCUGGAAUUGCGACCGGCGGCAUGGGAGGCUCCGUCAUGGGCAACUCUGCACUGGGAAAUCCCAACAUCGGGAAUUCCAACGUGGGUGCCGCGAUGCAGCCUGGCGUUAUGAGUCCUCAAGCUAUCCCCGGCCAGAACAUGGGAGGGCAGCCGGCGGAGGGGCAGAGGCAGCAGCAACUCCAACAGCAGCAGUUGCAGCAGCCAAACAUCCAGCAAGGGGGCUCUAUGCAGUCCAUGUACGGGCAGAGUAACCCUCAGUCAAGACCUUCCGGUUGGUAG